CAUCCGCGCUCUCGUUGGCGUGCUCUCCCUCGGCGACUCGCGGACCUCUCGUCGUCCUGCUCCGCGCGCUCCGGGGAUGGGGGAUGCCCGGAGGAGACGUCGUCCUGCUCCGCUCGGGGUUGAGACACGUGCUUGCGAGAUAUACGCCAAGCCGAGCAUCCAGCGCGGUGUCGGGAUCGUAGAGGAAGAGAGAGAGAGAGGGAGACAAAGAAAAGAGAGCCCGAGGGUGGGGGGAGAGGAGAGGAAGAGAGAGAACGCGCGAGGACGAGAGGUGGUGGCAUGCGAAAAUUUUGCCAUGCGCUCCGCCGAGCUACGCGCGUCGCCUAUCCCUUUGUGUUUGCCGCAUGCUCGUAUCGCUCCGAUUAUUUGCGCGCUGCGUAACGAGACGGGAUUUCGGGAGGCUCGGGGGAUUUAAUCUCCCCGCGGGUGAGGUUGCCAGAUAUCUGCCUUAAUAAUUUUAAGAUUUUACAUUUGAACGUUUAGUUUGCUGUUUUCCAGCGAAAAACAACUUUAGGAGUUAAAAAAAAUAAGAAAAUGGUCAUGGAGGCAUCUCCCUCUCCACAGAGUGUCGGUCGCGAGUUCGUCCGACAAUAUUAUACAUUGCUGAAUCAGGCGCCUGCCCAUCUCCACAGGUUCUACAAUCAACAUUCUUCCUUCGUGCACGGCGGAUUGGAUUCUAAUCGAGAGUGUACCCCAGCGAUCGGUCAAAAACAAAUACACCAGAAGAUUCAACAACUGAAUUUUCGCGAUUGUCAUGCUAAAAUAAGCCAGGUCGAUUCUCAGCUCACUCUUGAAAAUGGAGUUGUUGUCCAGGUAUCUGGUGAACUGUCUAACGCUGGGCAACCGAUGCGUCGAUUUACCCAGACUUUCGUGUUGGCCGUGCAAGCACCUAAAACGUAUUACGUGCACAAUGAUAUCUUCCGUUAUCAAGACUUGAUAUUCCCGGAUGAGGAUGAGGCUGACGUGAGUGCCGGGGAUAGUGGUGAGAGCAAUGAGAGAGAAGUUGAGGAAAUUGGUCGAUCUGAGCCUGAGGAAGAUGAACAUCAGACUCAAGUGCAGCAAUUAUCGGCUCCUACUCAAGCUGCCGAGCAACAAGCUCAACCACCUCUCAUUCCGACCCAGCAACCUCCGCUGCAGCAACAGCAGCCGAUGUAUUACGCUGCGCCACCUCAACCUCAUGUUCAUCCAGUUAUACAGCAAGUGCUGAAUGGAACGGUGCAUGAGGAGGUGAUCAAUCAACAAGCACCGCAGCAGCAACAACAACCGCCGCCACCGCCUCCAGCGCAGCAACAUCCGUACAUAGCCGAGCCAACUGCUCAAUCGCAAUUCGUGCAGGAGGCAGAGCUAAGCAAUGGGGAACAACCGCAACAGCAGAGCGAGAACGAGCCGCAGGUGCAGACGGAGGAGAGGAACGAGCCUGAGACAGAAACAUUUACUGCAUCCGCACAAGAGACCGAACCCGAACAUCAGGUAUCUAGCACCACUGUCAACAGCAGCGGGCCCAAGACGUAUGCUAACUUGGUAAAGGCGUCUUUCCCAAGCGCCAAUACUGGUGCUACUAGCCCGCAAGCUCCCAAGUUAUCUAUGUCUCCGCCACCCAUGACGAAUAUACGUUUGGACGACAGAUCACCAUUGCAUCCUGCAAAUAACGGACCGACGUCUAUGUCUGUGUCCAAUAAUGUAUCUACAGUUCAGCAACAGGCACAUCGAGUGGGCGGAAAUCAACCGCCGCAACAGCAACAACAUCCUCAACAGCAACGCGUUCCAAGAGGGGGAUUAGUUCAAAGAGAUGGAGAACGACGUGGCACAAGACCAGGACAAUACAGCGACGCUCAUCAACUUUUCCUGGGCAACUUACCACACAACGCUUCUGAGAACGAUUUGCGCCAGGUAUUCGAGCGUUACGGUAGAGUCGCUGAAUUACGUGUACACAGUAAAUCCAACGACAGAUGCAAAGGUCCGCAAGGCGGAAAUAAUACCGCUCGAGUACCUAAUUAUGGAUUUAUCACGUUCGAGGAUCAACAGGUUGUGACUAAGGUGUUAAAUUCCCUGCCUAUCUAUUAUCCUGACGAGAGUGGACAAAAAUUGAAUGUGGAGGAAAAGAAGGUGAGGCCUAGGCCCAUGUUGGAUGGUAGCGGCAGAUUGAAUUCCGGCGAUGGCGGUAUGCGCUCCAUGGGCGGUCAACAACAGCAGCAGCAACAACAGCGUGGACCAGGUGGACCCGGAGGCGUAAUGAGAGGCGGACAGCAUGGUGCACGAGGUGGCCGUGGAGGAUUUACACGAGGUGGCGAUGGUGGUAGAGGAGGUAUGCGACAGCCAGGCAAUCCGAGUAAUCCGGGUUACCAAAACCGUCGCUAAUACCGGCCACAACUAUGCAACAGUCGCCCCUUCUAAUUUCGUCUAUACUGAAUAAAGUCACCCGUAUCAUCACGCAUCUGUCAUCUUCAUUUCGAGAAGUGGAAUCCAGGACUAUUUCGUAUGUCGCACGACCUCAUUACCGAUGCCAACUCAUGUGCUUAAACGUCGCUUGCAACAACGUUUAUCAAGCAACAACAACAACAAUCGAUAUUAGCUGACGUAGCUCAAAAAGAAAUCGUACGAAAUAUGAGCUCGAACAUGGAUGGCGUACCAAUCGAAGUCUCGGACAAGGCUCACAUUCCUCGCGCGAGACUUUGACCUCAGUGGUGUGUGUAUCUGAAAUCAUCGGUCAGAAAAACGAUGAUCAUCGGUUCGAAUUCGUCCUUCGUACAUCGACAAUCGGGCAAUCCCGUAGGACUUUGCGUCGCGAAGUAUUCACAAACGCAGUCAUAGACACAUAACGCAUACACAUAAUACGUGCAGCCGUGCGACAAGUUCAAUAAGAGUUCACAGGAGAACGUUGUCGGAGUGUGGCAAAUUUUAGUGACUGAAAGAGGCAACGGGACGUGAUCUGAAAUCGGGAAAUUGUGUCGGAACUCUUUGUGAGGCAGUUACAGAGUUAGUGCGCAGCAUUCGUCACUCCGCGCGUUUCCUCCGGCUCGCCAAAUCGCAGGACGAAAAGGGAGCGGAGCGAAUUCCGAUGCGCACACACACAUAUACAAACACACACCACGUAACCAAGCGAGAGGCGACCAAGUGAGAUCGAAGCGAAAGAAGGACCACGGAGUGGCGCUGUGACAUGCAUCUCGUACGCUUUCGAGUCGACUCAUCAGCCGCUGACGAAACUGUUCUGUUGCCCCAGGUGAAGAAUCGGCGUAGAUAGCAAUCGUACGGAACGAAUCCCGAAACGACUAGAGGAUCCCAAGACUGUGUCCCGGUUGCACGCAGCAAAAGAAGAAAAAAAAUAAAAAGAAAGGCGGCAAUUUCUUUUCUUCUACGAUCCCCUUUAUUUAUAUUGCCGAUCGCCGAUUGACCGGUAUCGAUCGUAGACAGGACAAUGCUUCUAGACUGCAGCAACUGGUCUCGCUGUUUCUUCUCGCUCCAUCCGUAUAUAAGCAUACAAUCCUGGCCUCGUCUCGUUGCAGUUCGGAACUUUUUGUUCGUCCCUACCUUCUUCCUGGUCUCACCUUUCUUCCCUAUCCCUUUUCUUCUAGGAACAAUUACAUUCUCCUAACAUCUUUCUGCGCUACUCUGUUCUCUCUUGUAAAAUCUUUCUAUUCUACCUCCCUUUCCUCCUCACAUACAUACUUAUUAUUACUUUCGUUUGGAUAAUGUUAGUAAGGAUCGCGCGCGCGCAUGGUCUUACGUUGUGUCGCUCGAUCGUUAAAUUAUCGGUCGCGUUUUCACGAAGGUCAAUAACGUCUUCUGGUAAUUGCGGAACUCCCAUUACGCCGAGCGUUAAAUGUGAACCGCAGUCGGCGCAGAGCGCGGAAAUGCGUCCGACGUAGCGACAACGCAGAACAUUUCCGCGCUGUGUAAACCAUUGCAGGAGCUACAUCUUUUUCGAGACAUGACGCACCAAUUUCUCUUUGGACAAUGUUUUAUCUAUUUGCACUUCUUGACGCAGUAUUCGUAUGCUGUAGACCGCUUAGAGCAUGAGGCGAAACGAGAGUUCUAGUCAGUAACAACGUUCACAAGCAAUGCGCGAGAGGGGGUUCUGCGAUUAUUGAGAGAUUGGGCGAUGCAUCUCUCCUGGCCUAUCAGUCUCAUUCCUUUACGAAACUAUCGAAACUUUUGAAGCGAUCGGUUUGAAAUCCACGCGACACUGUCGCAGAAAGUAACGUCAAAAGCAAAAUUUUAAUGUUCUUUUUUUAUGUCUUGGAGAAAAAAAAAGGACAUUGAGAAUUUGCACUUGGCAAUAAGUAGUGAGAGAAAGAGAGUGAUUGAGUGAGUGAGUGAGUGAGAAAGAGUAUGAGAGAGACGGAGAGAGAGAGAAAGAAAAUUUAUGUUAGUUUGUAUUUCUCGUCGUCGUGAUCAAGAUCAUCGUGGAGAUUGUUAACGUAGAUCACGCACGAGCGCGACUCUACAACUGCAGUAGUCUAUAAUUGAACGAAAAAAAAAACAAAAAAAAAAAAAAGAAAAUUUGUCGUGAUACCCCGCGUCUGGGACACGGCGACCGCGUCCCCUCUCUUCAGGGCUUCGCCUCAUUUAACGUAAUUUUUUUAAGCAUGCACUCUAGUGAUGAAUAUUUUUCAUGUAUAAUAUUAUAUACGCAAUGUUGAUGUCAAAUUUAAUGAGUCGGGACGGUGACGACAUAACGAUGACGAGACGACGAUAACGAUAACAGACUGACUAUGAUAAUGACAAUGGCGGCGAUGACAACGCGGCCGCUUUAACGCAGGCGCGGAUAAAGGGAUAGGUUUCGCGUGGCUGCGAUUUUUGCUUUUUUAAAAAAAAUUAGGGAAGAAAAUGUAAAAGGACAAGUAAAACCGACAAGCAUCAAACAUGCGUUCCCGUCGGACUAUGUAACAUCUCAAAAUCGUAAGCCUAUCUAUAUUUCCGUUAUAGGUAUUAAAGAACGCUACGUAAGAUGUGAACGAAGAUUCGAACCAUCUCGAAUCCUUUUCCUUUAUAAGUUAGUUUAGAAACGCGCGGAAAAUGUAUUUCCGGACUUAUGUCGAAUAGUUAUCACGUAAUUGGCACACUUUAAUAUUGUUAAAAAAAAAAGAGAAAAAAGAAAAUUUGAUCAUUAAAUUUAAACCAGAAAUAUACAGGAUGGAGCACUUAACUUUUAUCACUUCUCUCUUCCUUACGACAAAAUAUUGCGUGUGUCUUAUGUGAUUAUGAAAGAGAGGAUUGCGAAAUGCGAUUGAGAGAUAAGUCACUUUCAUGUCACUUUCAUUCAACUAUAAACAGAUUUUAUUCCAAUGUAAAAAUUUCAAUGUACUUGACCUAUUAACAAUCAACUUGAAAAGUAUCCUUCUUUUUUGUAUUUUUAAACAAUUGUUAAUAGACAUUUAUAUCGUUUACACAACAUCCUCUUAAAACCAUAUAAAACAUACAAAAUACAACACGUUCAACAUCGCGCUUAUUUAUUACAAAUUCGUUUAACACUUCGACUGAAAUUUCACCCCACAAUUUCUUGGAAACCAUGGCAUCCGGGUACAAUUAAGACCCUUGUCUCACGCUUCAGUCACGUUACGAACGACAAAUACGAAUUAAAGUAAGAUAGUCAUUCACAUACAAGUGCCAUAAUUCCCAAGGAAAUAUAAGUAUCGUGUACGUAUACCGUAAUAUGUGACAGUCCAAGUGUUAAAGAAAGAAUUAAACUCGAAUAUAGCAUGGUGAUAUUAGGUACAGCUCGUUACUCAGUUAAGGCAAAAUUUUUGCAGAAGUGACUUGCACUUUGUUUAGCAGAUAUAUUCGUCGAUUUAAUCGAGAUUUAAAUUAAUACCGCAGUGGUAAAAUGUUUCCCUUUUCAUGGUAUGUGCGAGAUAUAAAUGUGACACUAGAAAGAGAGACUUCAAGACAUUGAAGCGCCAGCAGCUUCAACUUUGUAUACAUAUGUAGAGCAUAUUUAAAUGGAUAUUUGUAUGGCUAAGAGAGAAUUGUCAUUCUAGAUCCUCUUGUACAUUAACCGAUAGACCGUUCUCCAUUAUUCUUAUCCCAACUUAAGGCCGAUUAUGCAUCCGAUAAUUCUUUAUCAAUCAUUGUGCAAACAGAGAGAGAGAGAGAGAGAGAGAGAGAGAGAGAGAGUAUUUUAAGCUGAGCGACAUAUGUACGUUUAGUAUUUGAAAUCGCAGAUUAUGACUUCCGAUUUUCGCGUGCCACCUAAAUAUAAAAUAUUCUACACACGCUCACGCGCCGUUUGACUUCACUAUCGUCCUUAUCCAUGUGCAUAUCCGUGUGUUCAAGUACAACGUGUUCAAAGCCGCAGUUACGCGAGAUCAUCGCUUUACAUUAACUUGAAGGAGAGCUCUGCAAAUUUUUAGUAUGAAUGUUUUCAUUUUUAAGUAACUAUUAAUAUUAAUAGUAAUGAAGAUAAAUAUAUAAUAACGAAUGAAGAAAAGAGAGAGGAUAUGAAGGAACACACAAAUAACUAUGUAUGUAAUAACGAUUGAAGAACGGCGGUCGAUAAGUUACGAAUUUUUGUAGCAUACAUUUAUUAUUUCCGGUCUGCCAGGCCAGUUUGUGUGUAUACAACCAAUUGAAAAACGACGUUACUGCGAUAAAAGAGGGAGGAGAGGCUAAUGUUAAAAGGAGAGGAAAAAAGUGAAAAAAAAAAACGAACAUCAAAUGUAUUGUAACUUUUUGCAUUUAGUAUAAUAUAUAUACUUACCUUAUACUACCAACCCCUA